AAACCUAUAUCUGAAGAAGUUUCCUUAUCAAGACGAAUAUCAGCGUCAAUGGUACUGCCACUGCCACUGCCACUGCCACUGCAGUUCACCAUGCUUUCCUAUUGGCGGCGGCGAAGUAUCAGAGACUGUUAUCUCUGGUUUCUGAAAAAGGCGAAAGAGAGAGUGAUGAUACUGCCUUGUGGUUGUGGUUCUUCUCCUCUUGUUUCCAACUUUUUAAGAGAGAGAAUCAAACUAGUAGAGGUGUUUCCGGUAAGGAUUUUGAGGAAGAAGGUCUGGUGUUGCAGAGUUGAGAGGAAAGAAAAUGGGUUACAAGUGUUGUACAGAAUGUAGUCAAAAAUGCUUGUUGAUUCAUGGCAAGAGAGACCCUUCUCCCAUUGCUGUUUCUUUCUUCAAAGUCUUGGUCGAUGAUCGCUUCACUAAAUUUCUGUUCAUACCUCCAAAAUUUGCCUGCUCUGUAUGCUCCAUGCUUGGUGAAAAAGCUUAUCUGGAAGAUUCAAAUGGACGACGUUGGAGUGUCAGAUUAUCGACAAUCGAUGGCUCCUUGGCUUUUCGACAAGGGUGGGAUGAAUUUGCAUCGGAUCAUUUUCUGAAAAUUGGACAAUUUUUAAUAUUCACAUACAUUAUUGGAUCACAUUUUGUGGUUCAAAUAUAUGAUGAAAGUGGCUGUGAGAAAUUGAAUUUCCCUCUGAAACUGCACAGUGGUGGUGGAAAAAAGGCUAAUCCUAAGCUUUCCUCCGAUCAUUUGCCUUCAGAUAGCGAAACCUAUGUUCCUAAGGAGGCCCCUUCUUUCUUGAUUGAUAGAGGUUCUAGGAAUGAGCAGGGUUCAAACUCAACAUCUCCUUCUGCAUCUAAUAUUGAAAUAAUUAACAGUGCUUUCAAAGAUGCUCAGAAGACAGAGAUGGCUGGUAAAAAGGCUUCUCUUUGUCAUAUUACUCAAGAGAGGCCUAAAUCUCAGCCGGCGGUAGACCAUGAAGAAGUUCCAUUCUACAUAAUUGAUAGAGAUAACAUGACUGAACAAGGAGAAACCAGGACCUCCCAUUUUGACCUGUCAAGCUUUGAAAUGUUCAGAGACAAAUCUGGGGCUGGUCAAAUGGAGGAAGCAUCAGUGGCCAUUGGGAAAAAACAUUCUCCCUAUCAUGAAAAGGAGAAGAGGAACCCUGAUAUGCCCAAUAUUGUCUGUGAACUUGGUGCAAGACACAACACCAUUAAUUUGGGAAGCAGGUCAGCAGUAAAACCAAAAAUGGAAGAAAUUCCCCUUGUUGGAAGCAGUGGAAGUGUUCCGCAGAUUGUGACUAAAAUGUCUGCGUGCUUUGAUGUUCCAGUUGUCUUGGAAAUGGAAAAAGUGUGCUUGACAGGGAAGAAGGUCAGGGUGAUUAAAGAAGAAUUUGAGGAGAAGGUUAAUCUUAGUACAAAAGACAAGGAAAAAGCUUACAAACCUGUGAAAAUAGAACCAAAGGAUUCAGAUGAUCUCUCAGCACCCAAUCUGAUCAAGUUUUGCUAUUCAGUGACGGCAGUUACACAGUCUUGGCUUGAGUUGCCAACAGUUUCAAGAAAGGGGAAGCCAAAAAUGGAAAGGAAAAUAGUACUUCUACGUGAUUCAGCCGGAAGAGUGUGGCCAGUCCUCUAUCAAGAAAGAUGUGAGUUCAGAGGCUUAACCAGUGGGUGGAAAGCUUUCGCCAAGGCAAACAACAUUCAACCAGGAGAUGUAUGCUUGUUUGGAGUUGAAAAUCAAUCAGAAGGUCUGCUCCGGGUUAAUAUUGUUAGGAAUGAACAGUUGCUGCCGACACUCAAAGGACUGUUGGCGCCGAAAGUUGGAGUUGCUGUCAACAAAUGAUUUGGAAUCUUUGAUAUGGCUAUUGCUGACAGUUGAUUUGGAAUCUUCAAUGAUCUUACCACGGCAUUCCACGUGUCAAAGACACUGUUCUCCGUAUUGGGUUGUCCAGCAGGGAAGGUUCGCAUCAGGUCUGGUUAAAACUUUGGUUAAAAAAGUGUCUUUGUACCAUUUGAAAUCAUGUAAUCUUUUACAUCUAAGGUUUGAUAAUUGUUCAGCUGUUCUAUCUUUGAGACGAGAAGGGUUUCCUAAAAAGUAAUUUGCAAUGCUGAAAAUAAGGGUAUUAACAGCAUCCUCAAUAGGAAUACCUUCACCAUCAAGAAGGGGAACACCUUCAGGUGUGAUUUGAACAGCCAUUAAAAUUUCUGUUUUUU